GCCUUCCUCGUCCUCACCAUCCUCAUCAUCCUCAUCAUCAUCCUCAUCAUCAUCACCAUCCUCAUCAUCUUCAUCCUCAUCUUCAUCCUCAUCCUCAUCCUCCCCAUCGCCAUCAACCGCGCGCCCUUCCUCACCCGUGGCCACCACGGUGAGCCUUCCUCACCCUCAUCCUCAUCAUCUUCAUCCUCAUCAUCAUCAUCAUCCUCAUCUUCAUCCUCAUCCUCCCCAUCGCCAUCAACCGCGUGCCCUUCCUCACCCGCGGCCACCACGCGGGCACCACGUACAUUUUCGGCAAGGGGGGGGGCCCUGAUCACCUACACGUGGCCCCCCAAUGACCGGCCCAGCACCCGCGCUGACCGCCUGGCCCUGGGCUUCAGCACCCGGCAGCGCGACGCGGUGCUGCUGCGCGUGGAGAGCGCGGCCGGCCUCGGAGACUUCCUGCAGCUCCACAUUGUGCAGGGGGCCGUGGGGGUCCUGUUCAACGUGGGCACCGAGGACAUCGCGCUGGAGGAGCGGGGGGCGGCCGUCAGCGAUGGGCGCUUCCACGUCGUCCGCUUCACGCGCAGCGGCGGCAACGCCACGCUCCAGGUGGACGGCGGCCCCCUGCACGAGCGCUACCCGCCAGGCAGCGGGGACAGCGAGCGGCUGGCGCUGGCGCGGCAGCGCAUCCCCUUCCGCCUGGGGCGGGUGGUCGAUGAGUGGCUGCUCGACAAAGGCCGGCAGCUGACCAUCUUCAACAGCCAGGCGCGUGUGCGGGUGGGGGGCCGGGACCGCGGCCGCCCCUUCCAGGGGCAGCUCUCGGGGCUCUACUACAACGGGCUGAAGCUGCUGGCGCUGGCGGCCGAGGGACACCCCCGCGUGCGGCUCGAGGGGGACCUGCGGCUCGUGGGGGACCCCCCCCCGCCCCCCGCGCCCCCCGGCGCCACCCCCGCGCCCCCCGACAUGGCCACCACCAUCAUGGAGACCACCACCACCAUGGCCACGACCACCACCCGCCGCGGGCGCUCGCCCACCCUGCGCGACACCGUCGCCCAGAACACGGACGAUCUGCUGGUGGCCUCGGCCGAGUGUCCGAGCGACGACGAGGACCUGGAGGAGUGUGAGCCGGGCACAGCCGCGCCCGGAGCGGUGGAGGUGGUGCGGGAGGCGGGCGGCACCACCGGCAUGGUGGUGGGCAUCGUGGCGGCCGCCGCGCUCUGCAUCCUCAUCCUCCUCUACGCCAUGUACAAGUACCGCAACCGCGACGAGGGCUCCUACCAGGUGGACCAGAGCCGCCACUACAUCGGGGCCGCCCCCGCCGCGCCCGGGGGGGGCCCGGGAGGGGCUCCCGGUGCCGCGUCCCCGACUCCGCCCGCCGGGACCCCCAAGGAGAAGGCGGCGGCCGCGCCCCCCAAGGCGCCGGGCAAAGCGCGGCGCAACAAGGACAAGGAGUAUUACGUGUGAGGGGGGGGUCUCCACGCGUGUCCCCCGACCCCCCUCACGGCCCCCGCCGCCAUCCCCGGGGGGAUGUCACCUGCCCGCCCCCCCGACCCCGCCGCAGCGGGGGCGCCUCUGUGGUCUCUCUGUGUGUGUGUCACC